CCAUUUUCUUGAUCAAAAUAUACCAAACUUUGUCAUUUCCCACUUCAAAUUCCAUUUGACACUUCACGUAAUCUAAGUUUUAUUCUUGUAUCAGUUUAUAAUUUUAUAUUCAUAUACAUAUAUGUAUUUAUAGUCAGUCCCCAUAGACUCACGUAUCUGCACCUAAGAUCAUAAAGUUUUCAACUAUAGUAUCAUGAUUCAAAUUUUCAAUUCCAUUGAUUUUUCAGAGCUUCUGAUUAUAACACCUCUGGUUUACCUCUUAACUGACCUUAAAUUCACCGUGAUGGCAAUAGAUUUUAUUUUUUAUCGACUCCAAAAACUCAACCAGCUUUUUCAAGACCACGACCGAGACUAUGCCGAUAUCGAUGACAACAAUGAUGAAUUACGACCGUUACCGUCUCAGGUUCCGGUGCCGUUCAUGGCCCAUGUAGUGUCGAAUUUGAUAAAGGCUAAGCUCCCUGUCGUCGAAUUCAGCAGGUGGAGAUUACGAGGCGAUAUCGACGAUCCGUUAGUUGAUUGUGCGAUAUGCUUGGCAUGCGUAGAGGGGAGUGAUGAAAUAAGGGAGCUGGGCAAUUGCAGUCACUUAUAUCAUAGAGAGUGUAUUGAUGGGUGGGUCGAUCAGGGUCAUGAGACAUGUCCUUUGUGCUGGCUUAAGCUACUGCCAUGCGAAGCUGCUGCUGCUGCUGAUGAAGGUGGGGAAGUAAAGGGUGUAUAUGAUCCAUGGAGGUUGGAAAGAAUGGCCUAUCUGUUUGGUGAAGAUUAUUAAUUAUUCUUAGAUUUUUUCUAUUACGAGACUCCAACUCGAUUAUUCAAGAAAUUUCUUUUGUGUAUUUUCCUUCCGCUUUCGUUUUAUGCUUUCUCUUGCUCCAAUAUGUUAAAAAAGUAAUAUUAUUAUUGGGUUAUAGACUUUUGAAUAUGAUGGGUUAAUCACAGUGAUGGUCCCCAAAUUUUCUAACUUGUAAAUUAUUUCUUAAUUUUCAAUAACGUUAUAAUUAAAUCUUUUUUUCCAGCCUGACAA